AUCUCACUUACCAUGUGUUUUCUUCAAAGUAAAAGAUAUUGCAUACAUUUUGCAAAAAUCGUUUCACGAUCCUGAAGUACAGAUUACAAAGUUGGUUUCAGAAAACAUGUUAGAUGUGGCUUACCAGCUCUUUGUAACAGCUUGAUUUCCACAGGCGAUCAAAAUAUACUCGUAAAGCAGCGGCCAAUUCCAAAUUUACAAGCGACUACAGGCAAUAGAAGCUUUCAGGAAAGUUGGUACUCGAAGAAAGAUUGGCUUUGUGGUAGCUCAGAAAAGAAUGCAUUGUUCUGUUGGCCUUGUCUUUUGUUUUGCCCUGGAUCGUCAUCUUCAUGGACGCAGACGGGAUUCAAAAACAUGAAGAAUUUCCUAUACGAUUGUAUGAAGCAUGAGAAGGCAAAAUCGCACAUGGGUGCUUACAAGACCUGGAGGACCUACGGUUUUCAGCCUCGUGUCGACUGUCUCAUGUCACAAGCCAGACGUGAAGAGAUUCAGCGUCAUAACGAGGAGGUUGAUGAGGCAACUGAUGUUUCUACCAAAGAACAAUUGAGUGUAAUUUUUCGAAUGGACAUAGGGGAAAGUGUCAUUGAAAGACAGCUUGGGUUUAUUGAUGUUAGUUGUGAUAGGACUGCAACUGCUAUAUCAUCAGUGGUUAAGGGUUGGGAUGAUGAAACGUUAAGUAAGGUUACUGGUUUACUUGGCUACCUUAAUGGCUUCUUGUUUUGUUUCUUGGUACUUGUUUUCCAUAGAAUUCUUGAGCAGUCAUCCAUACUUUAUUCUAUCUUGCAAGACAAGGACACUGACUUUCAUUAUCUAGUGAGUAGGAUUGAGAGAUUCAAGGCCUUUGUUGCUUCUCUGAGAAAUGAUACAGAAUAUUGUCAGGUGUACGACCUGGCUGUUGAGAAAGUGGGACCACCAGUAACCAGGUAUGACCAACGGCAUAAUUACAAACAAAUGUAUUUUGAAAUUCUUGACACAAUUGUGACUAUGCUGACUGAGAGAUUUCAGGAUAUGGAGCAUUUUGACCUUGUUAACCCUAGGGUGUUUAAAAUGUGGAAAGGUGAAGUGCCCUCAGAAAAGAUAAAUCUUCUAAAGGAGGUUUAUGGUCAUAUGUUUGACAUACCAAUGCUAGUUAGCCAACUUUGUUUUAUUUACAGAGAUAAAGACUUUCACCGUGAUUCAUGCGAUGAACUAUUGAAAUAUAUUUAUCAGUUCCAUCUUCAAUCUAGUAUUCCAGAAGUUGUAAAACUGUUAAAGAUAAAUGGGGUUUUGUCAAUUACAAGUGCUUCAGUUGAGAGGUCAUUUUCUUGUUCGAAGAGGGUAAAAAUUUAUCUUAGAAAUACUAUGAGCCAAGGACGUUUUAGUUCUCUUUGCAGAAUUUCCAUUCACAAAGACAUACUUUCAGAGAAAGAAGACGCCAACACUUUGCAUGAUGAGGUAGUAAAGAAGUUCAUUGAAAAACUACGAAGACUUGCUUUCUUAUACAAAUAGCACGACAAUCAACAGCAUCACAACUUUUGAUAGUUGUUGAUGACAAAUCUGAGCCUUUUUCGGUUCUUUUGUCAAAGUUUCUUUACAAGAUGUACGUAGGGAGUCUAAAUUCGGAAAAUUUUCUCGCUCCGCGCCAACCAUGGUGGCGCCUCGUGAGCCCGACCAAAUGUUUUUCGCUAGCUACACCACUGAAGGUAGUGCCAAAGAUAAUGCCUCCUUGACAAUGGCAAUGGCAGUUUGUUUGUUUUUUCUGGCUAUGGUUGCAUUAAAGAAUUUUCUCAAUUUAGAAAGAAAAAUUAAGUAAUUUUGCUCUACUCGACAGUCAAUCAUCAUUAUGAAUCUUUUGGUUGCUCUUGCAGUUCAAGACAUAAGUGAAAAAAAAAAAUAUCACUUGGAUUGAAAAUAUAGAACAGUCUACAUGCACACUGCCUUAUAAUGAUUGAAGAAAAGAGAACAAGAGCAGUCUUCUCACUUAUUAAAACUGAAGUUUUAGAAAGAACAUGAAAACAAUGACCUAUUGGAAAUGGAAAUUACAGUGGUGAAACAGGAAGUUAAAAGAAUGAAAGAGAAAGUUGAAGUAAAAAAUGAAGAAUGAAAACGACUUUAGUAAAAAUAUAAGAGAUAAACUUAAAAUGAUGAAAGACAAAUUGAUAAAAAUAAUGAUAAGCAUUGAGAAAGACAGGUUUUAAAAAAUCCAAGGCCAUUACUAGAUUUCAAUUUAGAAAAGGGGUGUGUAUUAAUACAUUUAAAUGUACAUGGCUGAUUUCUUUCGGAAAUGAAAUUCUUUUAAAAACCAAAUAGAUCACUCGCAAUAAAUAAAGUACUUUAAGUCACCUGUAACUGAGUUAAUGAUGAUAUGGAAAAUACCAUGGCGUAGCCAACUGGUAAAUUUUUGACCAAAAUCUUAAUUUGACGUUAUAUAUGUUGAAUUGUCAUCAAUGUAAUUACUUUUUAACAGAUAUCAACUUUUUUAUCUAUUGGCAAGUAGUUGGCAGUUAUUUUCUCGCUUUUAAAACAUGAUUCUUUACUUUAA